AAAUGCAUUGUAUUUGUAACUGUCUGCUCUGAUAUCCUUGUAUAUUAGGGUCGCCAUUUACCACACGUUUAUCUAACAUUUAUAGAUAUUCUGUCCCUUCCCGUACGAUGCCAGCCGGAAUGGACCUCAAGGAAUUGCUUUUAAGUGAACUUCAGUUAAAGAAUUUUCGCCUACUUUAUCACGACGCUUCGGAUUUUACAGAAUCUCCGUUCUUUGCAGUGCUGUUUGUYGUUCUAUAUCGCCUUUUCUUCGCUAUCUACUGUUUUGGUUGGCUCAUUGCAAGUGGUCUUCAUCCAAGUAAUGGCGACGAGAAGUGGUUCAUCUACCUAAYCAACUGGUCAUAUUUCUUUCUUACUGUAUACUUCGUCUGCUCUAUGAUCCUAACAGCCAUUUAUUACCGCGGGGAGUGGAUGGUCGGGGAAUAUGAUGUACAAAACCAUGACGUCCUUAAGCCAAAAUCUCGAUCAAGACCCGGUGAACUUAACCAACAACCUCAAGAAGAUCUGGAAGAAAAUGUUGUGAAUCCCUUGGACUUACGUCACCAAGAGCCAGUCCACUGGUACCACCAAACAAUAUGGGCAGUCUUUAACAUCGCUGCUACUAAUGCUGUUGUUGUAACCGUGUYAUAUUGGACUGCGASKUACCCYMAKUACCCAGACUCCUACACUCCUAACGGUCUGGACAUAAGUACCCAUCUACURAAUACUAUCUUUAUUUUGAUUGACAUAUGUCUGAGCUGUAUGCCCAUWAGAUUAUAUCAUGUCAUUUAUCCCAUGUUAUUCUUCUUUGUCUAUGUUAUAUUCACUGUCGUAUACUGGGCUAGUGAUGGUACUAAUGUCGGAGGUCACAUGUAUAUCUAUAAGACCUUAGAYUACACAGGGAACCCAGGAUCUGCUGCAGCAUUAAUUCUAGGGUACAUGUUUAUUGGUCUGGUUCUUACGCAGUUGAUUCUGUUUGGUUUGUCUAAGUUACGCUCUUGGAUCAGUGAAAAGGUCUAUAGCGGCAGGAGAAGAGGUUAUGAAGUUAACGUGUAGUUGCUAGUGUAUUGUAGGAUCUGUUGUACCAUGGAUCGUAUUAUGUUAGAUUGAAGAGUUAGUCAGUACCUACGCUAUAGCCCCUACAGUAGAUGUGUCAUAGACCUAACGCUGUGUAGCAGAUCAAAAUUUACAGGGCAAGCCAAUGGCUGUACUAUAGCCUAUAGUAAAUUGAUCCAUUGUCCUUCCAUUGUGUCAUAUAGACCCUACCGCGGUAGCCGGCAGACCUCAGGGUAAGUCAGUACAUACYUAAACUCUAGGCCAUACAUUUGACCCAUUUUAACACAGGCGUGUGUCAAAGAUUUUCUUGUAGUCCYCAAAUCUUAGAGGUAUAGCCCAUACAGUGAUCGAGAUCAGCUUGGUACUGAGCUAUAGACACCUUGCAACGCGUUGGAAUGUAGCUCAAUUUGGAGGACACAGCAAUAGGUUUCCAAUUCUCAUGAGAUUGAACUUCAUUUUGUUUUGUCCUCCAAAUUGAGCUGCUUUGACGUCACAUGCAAGGGWUAUAUAGYUYAUAAGAUGAYUGCAUGCAUUAGCCGGAAUAAUUUAUUACUAAAUCAGUAAGAAUUAAGUAUUCAUCUUAAAAGAAAAAUUAGAGACAUUUAUUGUAUUUAAUAAUAUUAAGCUUUCGUGCAUGAGUAUUUCUUUAAAAUAAUAUACCUUAUGACCCACUUUUAUCGACAAAAAGUAAAUUAAUGAAAUAAAUAGAUGAAGGAAUAAAACUA